AUGGCCAUUGAACUCAGCAUAAAACACGGCGACAUUGCGGCAGAAAACAAGGAUUUUCUAGGCGCAGUCGGCCACUACUCCGAAGCUCUCAAAGAAAACCCGGAAGCGUUCCUUGCUCUUGUCAAAAGAGCAGUCACAUACACCAAGCUCUGCAACUAUGACGAUGCGAAAAGAGACAUCACCAAAGCAUUCGAGGUGGCGCAAAAACGGGGCCGCCGCAAUGACAUUGGCGUGUGCUAUUACCGGCUCGCGUUGGUGUUCUAUGCGGAGAAAGAUUUCGAAGCGGCACUUGUCAAUUUCCGCAAGGCCAAAGAGUAUCAGUGUGCGGAGCCGGCGUUGGACAUUUGGCUUGCCAAGGCCGAGCGGGACGCCAAAAAGGCCGGCACUGCGGUGGACACUAGACCGGAGCAGAAGCCUGUGGCCAGCUCCACUUCGGUGGAAACCAUCAACAAGAGCGCUCCACUCAAAACGAAAAUUAGAGACGACUGGUAUCAGGACAACGACACAAUCACCGUCACCAUAUACGCCAAGGGCGUGAAGGAGGAGACGUUGAAAGUUGAGUUUGAGCCCAGAAAGGUGGCUGUGUGCUUUCCUGGAAGCGACAGUUCCGAGUACAAUUAUAACCUAGACCCAUUGUAUGAUGAGAUUGACGUACACAAGUCCAAGUACAAGGUGUACAGCACCAAGUUGGAAAUCGCGCUUUCCAAAGUGCAAGGACGCAAGUGGCCCAGUUUGGAAGGCGACGGAGCGGCAGAGGCCAAUGUUGCGCUUGAGUAUCCGAGCCUGUCGAAAAAAGCGGUCAAUUGGCUGAACUUCAAGCUUGACGACGACGACGAAAACCCAGAAAACUUCUUUGCGAAGUUGUACAAAGACGUCGACGACGACACCAGAAGAGCCAUGAUGAAGUCGUAUGUGGAGUCGAACGGAACUGUUCUUACAACCAACUGGUCGGAGGCCAAGGACAAGAAGUUCGAGACCAGCCCGCCGGAGGGAAUGGAGGCGAAAAAAUGGAAUUGA